CGAGUUGCAAAAGUUGUCAAAUGUAAACGUGACGCUCUUGCUUGCCACUGGAUUCAAGGUUUGCGGGUUCAAACCCGGCCGAGGUCGACGGACUUUUUAAGGGUGAUAAAAUCCGUAACAUGACAUUCUUUGGAGGGGAAGAAAAGCCGGCGGUCCCAUGUAGAUUCACGGCAUGUAAAUAAACCUUGGAGGAUGAACGAUAUGUUUCGUAAGCCAUUUCUCCAGCAGACAAGUUAGGAAUAAGUAGAAAUUUUUCGGAAGCAGCAGGCUUGUCACCUGCUAUUUAGAGAACUAAAAAUAUUAAAAAGUCAAUUUUGCCUUGAGCAAAUGUGACAUCUCGCUCAAAACCGUCCCUGAUUGGACAGACUGAGUGUAUCCCAAGACGUAUGAUAGCAUGUUGCUGCCAAAUAAUAAGUUAGUUUUUAGGAUUGGAGGGCGCUUCAUUACGUAAUCAGUCUAAUUGUUACAAAACCAAUCAAUGUUACUUCCAAACAAUUCGGAAGUUGUUUGUUGUGAAGUGAGGUUGAAGACUUUUCUUAGUGAUCUAAAACUGAAUUUUAUUUAUAUAAAACAAGGCUACCAUCAAGAAUUCAAACGCCAAUAGUGUUGUGGAAUCUAAGCAUACUCAAGUUUUAUGAGUAAAGACACUCUCAAAUACUUCGAAAAGCUCACCACUGUUCAGGAAGAUGAGAAGGGCAUCUGAGAUACAGCGACAAAAGAAUGUAGUAGAAUUACGAGAAGAAAUGGCACAACAGAGUAUACUGCAUUGUCAGGAAGAGUACUUAAGAUCCAUCCAAGCUAUACAGGAAGACCUUCUUAGGGCCAAAGAAGAUUUGAAACUCAUAACCCUCAAUGAGGAGGAGCACAAGUCAGAGUUUGAAACACUUGAAAACAGAAUCCAAGAAUUCCAGUCAGAGAAUAGAUUGUUAAGGGCUCAGAUUCCUCAUAAAGACCAAGAACUCUUAACUCAGGAUUGUCUUCCAUGGCAGAACGAAGAAGAUUUAAGAUCCAUUCAUGUCGUGAAGGCAGUCCUUAAUGUCAGACACAAGCCAGAAGGCACAGUUACAGGACAGGACAGAAAGAAUGCUGUAUAAAAGGUGGAAGAAAUGGAGGCAGAAAUUGAAUCUUUAAAGGCAAAGGUAGCAGAACAGCAAAAUGAGAUAAACAGGAAGGAUGGGGCACUGGACCAAUACGAAAGAAAGUUAUUGUACAUGGAAGCAUUACAGUACGAAUUUGGAACUAACAGGCAAAAGGGGAGAGAAAUGGAAGAAGAUAACAGACGCAUGAUGCUUACAAAUGAAAAUUUGAGAGCGGAAUUAGACGACCUUGUGAAGAAACACCAUGACCUCAAAACUACAUCUGAGGAGAUUAAGUUACUUGUUUUGCAGAGGGAAGUCGAAAGGGCGGAGAAAGAUGGUCUUUUCCUGACUUUUGAAGACCUCUUAAAGAGCGCGGCUGAUUUGAAACAGCUGAUAGAAAGAGCCAAAAUGGAUCCUAGUGCUUUUGUCGCAAUGAGUCCUGUUCAGAAGAAAG